GCGAAGGCGUUUGGGAUUUCACUCGAGAAUCUAUCGCCGCGUUGUGUUUUUUGCUCUCCACCAAAUUUUCAUCGUUGUUUUCCCAACAAUUUUCCCGAAUUAACCGCGCCAUGGGGGAAAGCGAUGCCGAGAGCGAUUCUAGCAGCAGUUCCAGCAGCAGCGGCACUUCCAGUGGCAGCGACAGCGACGCCAGGAGCGAAUCCUCGUCUUCCUCGAGCAGCGGGCGGGAGGAAGAGGAAGCAGCCCAGGCGAAAUCCGCCAAAGAUGCGAAUAAACCUGAAAAUAAGGACAACGAGAAGGAUGGCGAUAGGGAGAAAGGAGCUAAAAAGGAUGAGGAUCCCACUUCCCAGCGAGAAAAUCCAGUGGAAGCCGAGCCCAUAAAAAAUUCGCAUUCUGCUGGCGUGGAAAAGCGGCAAGAAGAAGCAGCAGCUGUCGCAGCGGAAACUGAGAAAUUAAAUGAACCGGAAAAAGUAGAAAAAGCAGCAAUAGAAACACCUGCCCAACGAAACGAAGAAGCAGAAGCCACAGGUGUGACUAAAGAGCUGGAAAAACCGAAUUCCCAAGAAGAGCACGCUGUCAAAGAAGGAGAAGAGCAGGGUACAGUAACAGAGCAGCCGGUGACCACCAAUGGAAGCGGCAAUGAAUCGCCAGUGAACACAUCUGCCCUUACAGUGGAACCUUCCACAGUGGACAAGCACAUCGAGGAGGGCGAAAUUAUCGAUAAAGACGACGAUGAUGUGCCACCUGCUAAGGAGAGUGAGAAAACCGUCGCCACCAAGGGUAGUCCAUCCAAAGAGACCCUCCGCCAUCGAAGCCCUAGCCAGGAUGAGAAGCGCAGACGGCCACGAUCAUCGAGCAGAAGUCCUUCGCCCCGCAGCCGACAGCGUCGUCGCUCGAGGAGCAGAAACAGUAGAACCCGCAGCCGUAGUAAUAGUCCCAUCCGCCGAAGGUCCAACUCCUUGGAGAGAAGACGACUGGAGCGACAGAGACGUCAUGAGGAGCGGGAUAAGCGCGAUGAGGAAAGGGCUAAGGAGCGAGAAAAGCGCCAUCAAAAGCGUGGCGAAUCCAGCAGCAGGCGUAGAGAUGAUUCCAGGGAAAGAAAGAGGUCCUCGGAUCGCAAAAGAGAUCGAUCUACCUCUAGCCCUGGAUCCAAGUCCUCCAAAACUGCUCGCAACCCUGAACCAACCAACGCAGAUAACGAAACCGUAACCGAGCCCGCUGCCAAAAUUACAGAGCGUCAAAGAAAGACUGUAGAUGUUUUGACAUCCAAGACAGGAGGAGCUUAUAUUCCACCAGCUAAGCUGCGCUUGAUGCAGUCACAGAUCACGGAUAAAGCCUCCGCUGCCUACCAGAGAAUCGCUUGGGAGGCCCUUAAGAAAUCCAUCCAUGGUUACAUUAACAAAGUAAAUGUAACAAAUAUAGCUAUCAUCACCAGGGAGCUUUUAAGAGAAAAUAUCGUCAGGGGAAGGGGUUUACUCAGCAGGAGUAUUAUCCAAGCACAGGCAGCUUCGCCCACUUUCACCCAUGUCUAUGCGGCUCUGGUGAGCAUUAUAAACUCAAAGUUUCCGAAUAUAGGAGAGCUCCUCCUCAAACGUCUGGUCAUCCAAUUUCGUAGAGCGUUCCGCCGUAAUGAUAAGUUGGUAUGCAUGUCGGCCACCAGAUUCAUUGGACACCUGGUCAACCAGCGGGUGGCCCAUGAAAUUCUGGCCUUAGAGAUCCUCACCCUGCUCGUGGAAACACCGACGGAUGAUUCUGUAGAGGUCGCUAUCGCUUUUCUCAAGGAGUGUGGCAUGAAACUAACAGAGGUUUCCUCCAAAGGCAUUGGAGCCAUCUUCGAGAUGCUGAGGAACAUCCUGCAUGAGGGAAAGUUGGACAAGCGAGUGCAGUAUAUGAUCGAAGUGCUGUUCCAGGUUCGAAAAGAUGGAUUUAAGGAUCAUCAGGCUGUUGUAUCGGAACUGGAACUUGUGGAGGAGGACGAUCAGUUUACUCAUCUGAUGAUGCUAGACGAGGCCACCGAAACGGAGGAUAUACUGAAUGUUUUUAAAUUUGACGAUAACUAUGCCGAGAACGAAGACAAAUACAAAGGACUAAGUCGCGAGAUCUUAGGCAGCGAUGAUGGCAGUAGUUCAGGGUCAGGUUCCGGAUCAGAUUCGGAUAGCGAUUCGGACGGUGAAUCCGGAUCAGAUGCGGAAAACCAAAAGAAAACCGAAGGUGGCGAUAUCAUCGACAACACUGAAACCAAUCUGAUUGCCCUGCGACGCACAAUUUACUUAACGAUUAACUCCAGCUUGGAUUAUGAAGAGUGUGCCCACAAACUGAUGAAAAUGCAACUGAAACCCGGGCAGGAAAUAGAACUGUGCCACAUGUUCCUCGAUUGCUGUGCCGAACAGAGAACUUAUGAGAAAUUCUAUGGACUACUUGCCCAGCGGUUCUGCAACAUCAACAAGAUCUAUAUACCGCCUUUUGAGGAGAUCUUUAAGGACACCUAUCAAACAACCCACAGAUUGGAUACAAAUCGCUUAAGAAACGUCAGCAAGUUCUUUGCCCACCUACUCUUUACAGACGCCAUCAGUUGGGAUGUGCUGGAGUGCAUCCAACUGAAUGAGGAUGAUACCACGUCAUCAAGCAGGAUAUUCAUCAAAAUCCUAUUCCAGGAGUUGGCUGAGUAUAUGGGAUUGGGCAAACUAAAUACAAAGCUAAAGGAAGAUGUGUUGGUUGAAAGCCUUGCUGGUUUGUUUCCCAAGGAUAAUCCUAGGAACACCCGCUUCUCCAUUAAUUUCUUCACCUCCAUUGGCUUGGGUGGACUGACGGAUGAUUUGAGAAGAUUCCUGAAGAAUGCCCCUAAGGCUGUGCCCGCAAUCAAUGCAGAAAUCCUGGUCAAUUCCGGAGGUAAUCCUUUUAGAGAUGGCUCUGCUCCCUCGGCAAACUCUAAGAUAGCCCCACCUUCGGCCUCCUCCUCGUCAUCUUCAUCUUCAGACAGCAGCAGCGAAGACUCUAGUGAUGAAGACAAAUCCAGCUCCGAAUCUUCUAGUGAUUCCUCAAGUUCCGACUCCAGCUCAGAACCCCAGAAAAAACGAAAGCGCAAGGACAAGAAAAAAAAUAAAUCAAAAAAGGAAAGUAAGGAGAAGAACAAAAAGGCUAAGAACAAAAAGGCCGAAAAGAAAAAGAAGGCAGAGAAAGAUAGGAAAAAGGAUAAACUGAAAGCAGAAAAGGAAAGGGAAAAGGAGAAGCAAAGGGAGAGGGAAAAGGAAAAGGAGAGAGAGAAGGAAAAUGAGAAAGAGAAAAAACGCGAAAAGGAGAAACAGAAGGCAGCCAAAAAGAAAUCAAAGCUCAAGAGAAAACGUCAAGAAAGCUCAAGUUCCAGCAGCAGCGAAGAUGGCGAAAAGUCCUCAACCGAAUCUUCUUCCUCCAGUUCUUCUAGCGAAGAAAGUGACGCGGAGCCUCAACCGAAGACUAAACGCCAGGAUCAGGUUCAAAGAAACAACAGAUCCCGAGGUCAACAGCAAGACAGUGAUGAAUUUAACUUGGAAGGUCCUGUGUCCAGAGAACCGCAUCGUUAUCAGUCGAAUGGAAAUGGACAAAGGCGCAGAGAUAAUUCCUUAGGAAGAGACAGAAACCGGGAGAAUUCUUCAUACGGCAGAGAAAGAAAUCGGGACAAUUCUUUCUACGAUAGAGAAAGAAACCGAAAUAAUUCAUCAGACAGAGAACGCAAGGUCCAGAACACCAACUCCCAUGAUAGACAGAGAAAACGAGAUAGAUCACUUUCCUAUGAAAAAUCACGCAGAAGAGAGAAUUCUUCGCCGCGCGAAAGACGAGCCAAGAGAAACAGUCGUGGUGAAAUGGACGACCGACGUGGAGAGCGUUCUUCCAGAGAUGAGAGGUCAGAUCGUGGGGAAAGGUCAGAUCGUGGGGAGAGGUCAGAUCGCAAUGGUCGUGAAAAGGAACGUGAUCGGGGAAAGGAGCGGGAACGUGACAGAGAACGGGAUCUCAAAAGCCAACGGGAACGUGAACGACAGCGUGACCGGGAACGCGUUCAAUCCCGUGACCGAGACCGAUCCCGUGACCGCCCGCAUAGGGAGCGCAGUUCACACCGUUCCAAGGGGCGUGGCUAAACUUGGAGACUGUAGGCCGAGACGGAGAAAUAUUUGUGUUGAAUAUUUUACUUAUACAAGUGUACAAAGAAAACCCCACUAAGCUGAUAAAACAAAAAUUAAUGUACAAAAUGCAAAUGUCAAAAAAUAAAUGACACGUGUUUAAUUAAACGAGA